CGCCGAUCUCUCAAAACCAAUAGACAGCGUCAAUCAGGAGGAGAAAAUCAGCGGCAGGAAGCCGUUGACAUCCCGCCGGUGACGACCUUGCUCCGAAUUCCGAUCUCCGAUCACUAAAAUACGACAAAGAUGACCGAAGAAGGGAAGAGCAGGGGCGUCGCUUUCACCGUCGGCCAGCAACCCUCGGCGCCGCCUCAACCCCAGCCGCCUUAUUAUUAUGGUACGUUUCAAGGGGUUGUAAAUCAUCAACAACCGUAUCCUCCGCCGCCACCGACUUACCAACCUUCCUUAGGUUUUCCUCAACCUAGUCCUCCGACCAAUAUUCAUAUCAAUCCGUAUUAUGCACAUGGCUAUCAAACCGUUCCAGGCUUUGUGGUAGCUGCGGGGACACCUGUGGUCAUAGAGCGCUCACUUCCUUGCUGUGGUUGUGGGAUUGGUUGGUUCCUAUUCUUUAUUGGCUUCUUGUUUGGGGCCAUUCCAUGGUACAUCGGGGCUUUCAUUCUACUCUGUGUGCGGGUGGAUUACAGAGAAAAACCAGGACUUGUUGCCUGCACGAUAGCGGCAUUUUUAGCUAUGAUUGCUGUUGGUCUUGGUGUGAGGAGGGUCACAUAUCAUUGGUGAGCUUUCUGGUAAGAGUUGCAUAUUUGUAUAGUCAGUCACCAGAAAGAAAACAUGGGUUGGCUGUUGUAAGAAGCUACCUUGAAGGCAACUAUGCUUGCUUUUUAUUUUUAUUGUAAUUCUUGAAUUAUUUUGACACACAAGCUUGAAAUGCCUUUGCU